AUGUUCGACUUCACGCACGACGCCGCGAUUCCUGCGGCCACAGGCCCCGCCGCCGCACAGUCCACGGACGUAGCAGUGCGACGCGCCAUCAACUGGUCGGCGGUGGUGGCGAUAGGCCUUGCCGCGUUUGCAGUAGCCGUGGCGCUCCCACUGUGGAACUACCUCUCGCUGACGGCGUGGUUUUUCCGACUGCGACACCACCUGCGACACGACGUGCUGCGCAAAAUCCGUGUUUUUCACGGCUCGCGGCUGUACCACAACCAGGCGCUCAAGAUCUGCCUCUUUUGGGGCGCGCUCGCGUUCGCAUGCUCGUUUGUCCAGACCGGCGGCGACAUUAUCCAAAUCACCAAGCGGUUCGGCAGGAUCGCGGUCGCACUGAUGCCGCCCCUGCUCUUCCUCACGCUGCGGCCCUCGCCGCUGCCACACACGCUGUACCUGUCGCUAAUCCCGAUUCACAAAUGGGUCUCGCGGGUUGUAGUAUUGCUUUCCUUGCUUCACACCGCGCUAUACACCUGGUACUGGAUCUCUGUCCGCAUGUUUUUCCUGAAGAUCAAAAAGCCUGCAAACUUGUGGGGCGUCAUUGCCAUGGCUCUGUUCCUACUCAUAGCCAUCACUUCUCUGUCGGGCGUGCGUAGAUAUAAUUUCAGGCUAUUCUACUAUGUGCACUACGUCUCAACGUGGCUCACGGUCGUGCUCCUGCACUUCCAUGCUAGGCCGCCUGUAUCAGGCUACACCGCCCUCAACUGCUGUAUUCUGGUCGCCCAGAUAGCCUACCGCGUGAUCCGCACCACCAAGGUUCGCAUCACUGUUGUGCCUGUCUCUCCUAACCUAAUUCUUGUCGAGUUCCCGCUUUCCGGGCUCUCCAAGAAGCCUCAUAUGCCUUCUUCAACGAUACGCAUGGCUCCUUACCACAAUCAUCCUCUCAAGCGCCUGUUUCAGCAGCUCAUUCCGCUACAACAUCCCUACACGAUUGCAAGCCUUCCAAGCGACGACAUGAUCAGAUUAAUUAUUCGUCGUGGCAAAUUCCAGCUCCGUAACAACGCGGAGUACCUUGUCACAGGUGCCUUCGAGCCCAAAAUCGACUUUAUUUCCAAGAGCUCAAGAAGUGUGAAUAUUUUCCAGGGCUCUGUUGCCUUCCAAAAUCAAACCCCGGCUCUCUUAGCGUCUCCACUUCACUACCUAAUUUCUGCACGCAGAGCCCUUCUUGUUACAGGAGGAAGUGCUAUUUCCUUUGGGCUACCUCUUUUGAGAAUUUUGAAUUUUAACGGUGUGACUGUAAGGUUGAAGUGGGUCACUCGCGAUUACCGAGACUUAACGCUUUUGAAUCAUUUCAAAAACAAUUUUGAUGGCCUAGAAAUAUAUGUUACGGGCUCCGCUGGCGAGGAGCAGGAUCUACAGAUUGACUACGUUGAUUUCGAUCAACGGCCCUCUCAGGACUCUAGUUUGAAUGAAGAACUCGAACCUAUUCACCCCUCAGCUCCCGAAACAGCUCCAGAAUCAAACUAUGGCACAUUCAAGUCCUUUGAACCUCCUUCGGGGCUCACCCUGCAAAAUCAGGGCAGAAGCAAUCAAGAAGACGAAAUUGAUUUUACCCAGAUGUUCAGUGCCCGUAGUUUAAAAUCCAAGAAAUCCCAUUUAGCGGAGCAGCUCCCACAUACUCCGUUCGCGAAGGGAGAUAUAUUCCGUAAGCCUUCGAUUGUUGUGCCACCACCGGAGCAGGUGGAUGAUAUGCAGGACCUACCCAGCUUACCAGGUGAGACUGAUCCCAAAGUUCUCAAGAUACCUGCUGGUGUCCAGGUCUUUUUUGGAAGGCCCAACUUAACUAAUCACGACUACCAGUGGUGCUUGGAGCGCGAAUGUAUUGGACCUUCAGAUACUAACGACUGCUUCCGAUUAGACGGACCAGCAGCCAAUGUUGACGACUUAUCGCGUGUUUGGGUAUUGGCUGCCGGACCUCCACAACUAGUGGAAAAUACUAAAAGAUGGGCCACAGACGGCGGACUGCAUUUUCACGAGGAAAGCUUCACCUCUUGA